AUGGCAACUUCAAUACUUGGGGAAGAACCCAGAUUUGGAACCACUCCGUUGGCAAUGCUGGCCGCAACCUGUAACAAGAUUGGCAACACAAGCCCAUUAACAACGUUGCCAGAAUCCAGUGCAUUUGGUAAGGGCGGAUUUCACCCAUGGAAACGUUCUGUUUCCAAUUGUAACCUGGGAUCUGGCCUGUCAGGAUUCAGCGUGGCCAACAGCCGAGCUUCGGGCGGAAUCAGCAACAGUUUCUCCGUGAGCAAUGGUUCCGGGAACAGCGCCUUUUGUUUGGCUUCCACCUCUCCAACCUCUUCUGCUUUUGGUACCGAAUACAGUCUCUUCUCGAACUCUGUCUCAGCUACUGUUAACUCCCAAGACACGGGGCAAUCGGCGUUCAUAUCCAAAGUUCACUCUUCCGCUGAUACUCUCCAAGGGAUGUACCCGAGGGUAGGAAUGGCUCAUCCAUAUGAAUCCUGGUACAAAUCCGGUUUCCAUACCAGCAUUUCCGGCGAAGUUGGGAGCGGGGCUUCUUCCUGGUGGGACGUGCACACUAACCCCAGUUGGCUGGAAGUCCAGAAUCCCAAUGGGGGCCUACAGCCCUCCCUUCAUUCUGGGACUCCACAGGCUUCGCUGCACUCCCAACUGAGCUCUUACAACGCAGACUUCUCCACUCUGAGCCAUUCCGCCUUCAGUUCCACCGGACUCGGUUCGACAGCUUCUCACCUGUUGUCCACUGGACAACGCCUCCUGGCCCAAGAUGGCUUCAAGCCUAUGAUCCCAUCCUAUACGGAUUCCACCUCGGCUGCAAUUACGGCGAACUCGAUGAUUUCGGGUCCUUCAGGACUAGGAAGUUCGGCCAGGUCCUCCCGACGUUAUUCUGGCCGAGCAACCUGUGAUUGCCCCAAUUGCCAGGAGGCCGAGCGCCUUGGACCUGCCGGGGCGAGUCUCCGGAGAAAGGGCCUCCAUAGCUGUCACAUUCCAGGAUGCGGUAAGGUCUACGGCAAGACUUCUCACCUUAAAGCACACUUGAGGUGGCACACUGGCGAGAGGCCCUUCGUCUGUAACUGGUUGUUCUGCGGUAAACGGUUCACCCGAUCAGACGAGCUGCAGAGACAUUUGAGAACCCACACGGGGGAGAAGCGCUUCGCCUGUCCCGUCUGCAACAAACGGUUCAUGAGGAGCGACCAUCUAAGUAAACACAUCAAAACACACAGCGGUGGUGGGGGCAAAAAGGGCAGCGACAGUGACACCGACACCAGCAACUUGGAGACCCCUAGAUCAGAGUCACCAGAUAUCCUCAUGGAAGCUGUACACUCCAAUAGAGCAAUCAAGACAGCUACUCCGGUACAAAAUGAUUCCUAA